AUGGCGAUGGAUGGAAGCUCCCCUAGGCCGCCCCUUUGGACGGCGCAAUUGCCAGUCUCAGAUGAGGGCAUCCAUAAAAUCACCCGAAUUCUGAUCGCUAAUCGUGGAGAAAUUGCUUGCCGCAUCAUCAAAACAUGUCGUUUGAUGGGGAUCACCAGUAUCGCCAUCUACACAAAAGAAGAUGCGACAUCCAGACAUGUGUCCGAUGCUGAUGAAGCCAUCAAUCUUGGCUCUGUCGAACACUCUCAGGUCAAUCCUUUUCUUGACAUCCCCUACCUGAUUCAAACCGCCAAGCAGGCUCGAGCGGACGCCAUUCAUCCAGGAUAUGGCUACCUCAGCGAGAACUCGCAAUUCGCAGAUGCUGUUCGUGAAUCCGGAAUGAUCUUCAUUGGCCCUAGCUCGACUGCAAUGUCGACUCUUGGGGAUAAGAGACAGGCCAAGGUAUACCUGAGCAAGAAUGAACCUAGGAUCCCUCUUAUCCCCGGCUGGAAUGGUUCUGGUGAAGAGAUGGACAUUGAACAGCUGGAGAAGGAAGCGGAGGCUAUUGGCUACCCGAUUAUGAUUAAGGCAUCAGCCGGAGGAGGCGGAAAGGGCAUGCGGAUCGUCCACAGCAGUUCUUUGCUGAAGAGCGAAUUAGAACGCGCCCAGUCCGAGGCUAAGCGUUCCUUUGGAUCUAGCGAGUGCAUUUUGGAAAAGUAUAUCGAGGCCGGUAAACACGUUGAAGUACAGAUAAUGGGGGACAAGACAGGAAAGGUUCUCUCUCUCUGGGAACGCGACUGUUCUGUCCAACGUCGACAUCAGAAAGUUAUCGAAGAGAGCCCCUGUGCAUGGCUGAAUCCCGAACUUCGCAAGAAAAUGUGCGACACAGCAGUAAGGAUUGGCGAACUCAUCAAGUAUGAGGGCGCAGGAACAGUCGAAUUCAUCUUGGAUAUUGUCACAGGAAAUUUCUACUUUCUUGAAGUCAAUGCUCGACUUCAGGUCGAACACCCCAUCACGGAGGAGUGCACCGGCCUUGAUCUAGUAUCCCUUCAGAUCUACGUGGCAUCGGGGGGUGAGUUGGGCAAGUUGCCACAGCUUAAUGCCAUUCCUCAGACUGGUCAUGCCAUCGAGUGUCGAUUAUGUGCGGAAGAUCCUAUCCGCGAUUUCGCACCCCAACAUGGCCUUGUACGAUUCUGGGAACCUACUACUCAGGACACUCCAAGAGAUGUUCGAUUCGAGACUGCCAUCGAAACUGGAACCAGGGUCUCGAUAUUCUUUGACUCUAUGAUUGCCAAAAUUGUUGUCUGGGCUCCCACUAGGGACUUGGCGAUCAAGAAGAUGGUUCGAACGCUCUCAGAAACCGCUUGCAUCGGGCCCUCUACAAACCAGUGCUUUUUGCAGGCUUGUCUCAUGCAUGAAAAAUUCCACAGCGUCGACUACACAACGGCAUUCAUCCCCUCAAACCUUGACCGUCUUCUUGAGAACCCGCACUUGAAAAAUUUCGGCCUCUCACUGCAGGAAUUCUCUGCCAUUACGAGCAUGUUUAUUCGUGAACUAAAAUCUCAGAGCGAACUCAAACAAACCAGAAAGGUCUUUGGGAGUAUCCGAAGGGGCUUUCGCAAUCAGUCCUUGGACAGGGUUAAUGUGCCAUCGGACAUCAUCACACGCCAUGACGCAAAGGCCGGAUCUCCUGUUGACCCUACUGUAUGCCGUUGGCCUCAAGAGUCGCGAAUUCCUCCUUCUGAUGGAUUGCGCGUUCAAGUGGCCCCCGUACCGCCCACAAAGUCUAGAGAUGAAGCCGCGGAGGCCACUGAACCGGAGGAAGCCACUAUUGCGUACAACACGUUGAGUGCUGCACUUCGAAGAGGCCCGUUGCCUGCCUCGAAGCAGCUUGAUCUACAGCUUCAUGAGCUACGCCUUUUCUCAGCUGGACUAAAUACGCCGCACACUUGGAAGGUUGGCAGGCUGCGACUAUCGGCCUCGGGGCAGAAAUAUACCGUCACCCUCGUAUCGGUAGAUGACCGAGCGCUUCAUUUCGAGUCUGACAUGGGCACUCCUAACAAGGUACUGGCGCACAUUCCUGCUCUGGGGGCACAAUUUGAGUUUCAUUGUUAUUCUCCCCUAUCGUAUUUUGAAAGCCUUAGAGCUUCUGCUGGUGGAGGGCGAGAGGCAAGUUCCAAGACUAUUCUUGCACCGAUGCCUUGCAAAGUGUUGCGUGUGGAAAAGAAGAACGGCGAUGAGGUUAAGACGGGCGAAGUAGUCAUGGUUGUGGAGAGCAUGAAGAUGGAGAUCACAAUAGCUGCUGGGAGGGAUGGUGCCUUCCACACAACUCUGAAGGAGGGAGAUUCAGUUGAUGAGGGUUGUCUACUUUGUAACUUAGAAUAG